UGCAAACUCUCGUUUCUGGAACGCGCUUUUCCCCGGGCCCAACGAAGAGCCAGAAAAAGUUUUUGGGCUAGACAGCCAAUUGGGUCCCAAGUACAUUGCUUCCCAGUCCGGCACCAUCAUCGAGAAGACGACUCACGUUGCGUAUCUUGUGUCACAGAAGAGCAAGGAGGUUCUACCCUUAAUAAGAGUUCAAGGCCGAAAGUCGAAACCAGUAACCUUGACGGUCGUCGAAGCCACGAACCCGCUGUCUAAGACUCGUACCCCAGAGUCGAAGGAAACUCCAACCAUGAUCGUUGACGUCUUAGAUCAUAAAAAAUGGUGGGCCAGUAUACCCAUCUCAGCAAGCUUAGCUGCAUGCGCAAUGUGUGGGUAUGACCAUGACUGGUACUGCUUCGCGAUGAUUCUCCUGGGUAUCAUUUCCAACGGUUUGACAUGUCUUGUUGUUGGCUCAGCAUCUGUAGUCCUUGAGGGGGUCAAGCCAGCGGAUAACGCCCCUCCUGGGGACGGGAUGUUGGUCGAUGACAGUUCAAACCACAUCGUCAUCUUAAAGGGAGCAGAAGAAGACGUAAACGGGAUCACAAAAGGGAGGGUUUACCUGGAAUAUCUCCCGAGAGUGUGGAUGAAGAAGAGAAGCCCUGGGCUGCCGAGGGAGCCUUCUGGUGCAACCCCGGAUCUAGAGCAGGCGCCGGAAGAGAAGGGGCGCCAAAAUGGGGCAUUGGAUUUUGGCGCCCUUCUGCUCGGCAUGCAAUCAUUGCUGCAAUUGCUUCUAAUCCCCCAAGGAACGCUGUUCGGCCAGCUCAUGUUUCUCUCGUCAUUCGUAAUCUCCUGGGUCUACAACCUGUACUUGUCGUCCCUUGACAAGGAAAAGAUCCAACAGGAGCUACUGUUCAAGACGCUGAAUGUGGAUGUGGGGUCCAUGUCGAGGUUUGAGCUAGGCACAAGGACAACGGCUGCGGUAUUCGCCACGCUUGUCUUACGACCGCCUUCCCCGAUCAAGCUCCUGAACUGUUUUCUGCCGAAUAAAACUGCGGUAUGGAAUCGGUGGAGAGAGCACGUAGGAGGGUAUAUUAAUGCGGAGGGUGUGGGCAUGGAACUGAAGCCACUGGAAAGUUGCAAUGAUGCAGGGUUCACCGAAGAGGAAAAGUCGCUACUCAAACAACUCCUGGAUGACGCGAAGGAGGCCAUCAGGGGUUACAACGAGAAGUUCUUGAAGAAAUCAUCCGAUUCUGUUUCCCCCUUCGGCACCCUGUCUCAACGUCAUGGCUCCAGUGAAAGGCUUUUAAGUCCUACGAGGAGUCCCUCGACAAGAGGGUCGGCGUUCAACCAGCCCGC